AUGCUCGCUCAACUCUUCGCUCUCCUCCCCCUCCUUGCCCUCACCUCCGCUGGCCCCAUCGCCAAGCGGGACGGCACCCUCAUCCGGGCCGGUCGUGACGGCCAAUGUCUCGCUCUCGAAGGUCUUCCCGGAGUCAUGCGAUACAGUCAGGUCCAGAACGGUACGCCCGUCAUCACUCGGGACUGCCUCGGCGCCAACACCUGGUUCAUCAACCGAGGGAGCGGAUCGAUUACCGUCCCGGGUACGAACUUUGCGCUUGACAUCGGGUUGACCCCUGGUAAUAACGGCGCACUCAAGGUAUGGCAGUCGUACCCCGGCGCCACCCAGCAGACGUGGUACCUUACCGACGACAACCGGAUCGCCCAGACUGGCGGGAACCAAUGUCUUGACGAGGGGGACAAUGGGGUCCAGACCUACGAGUGUACUACUGGGAACACCAACCAGAUCUGGUACAUCGACGGUAGCAACACCCCUACCCCCUCCGCAUCCACCUCCUCCGCGGGUCCAUCGGCAUCCACUACCCCUCCCCCGCCCGCUACCAUCCUCCCUCAGACUCCCAUCUACAGCAACGUCAUCCCCGACGUUCCGGGCGCUGGGCAGCGUAUCCGUCCCGUCGGCCGCGCCGAGCUCUGCUCCUCUGUAGACGGCGUUGUCGCGGAUGGUUCUACCGUCAUCUUGAAGUACUGCACCGAAGACGGCCAGGGCGCUGCCCUCCAAGUCUGGGACCUCCCCAGCGGGACCGGUCAGGUCCGCCUCCAUGGUACCAACUUCUGUCUCGAUGCAGGAGAGAACCCGGCCAACGGUGUCGGCGCCAAGAUUUGGACGUGCUACGACGUCCCACAACAGCAGUUCACCUACGCCAACAACAACUUGAGGACCGCCAGCAACCAGUGCUUCAAUAUCCAGAAGGAAUCGGACGGGCUGAUCACCAACAAACCUUUCAAUACGGUCGCGCGUCUGCAGACUUGGGAAUGCUCGACCAACGGUGAUCCGUACCAGGCCUUCGGUACCAGCCCAUAA